AUGGGGUGGCUGGCUGCCGCGGAAGGGAAGGGAAGAGGGAGCUCGACUGUGACCGGGCCCCACUGCGGGCACGCGGAGGCGGGAGCGGGAGCACGCACGGGCGGCCAAUCAGGGCGGGAGAAGAUCGGACGGGGGCGCGUCGGACGGCGCACUAGGGUUACCUCUGUCAAGACUGUGGCUUCCCCAGCAGACAGGGCUAGUGGAGCUAGUCUGCAGCUCAAAAGCACCAGUCAGUCAAGAGGCCUCACAGAGGGCACAAAACAGCAGAAGGACUCACAAAUCCUCAUCACUCUUCAGUCAGAGAAACAGAUCACUCAGCUAUAG